UGUUGCGAUAUGAUAGUAGCAAAUAGUAGUGUCGCUGUGAAUUUAUAAAAACAGUAAUCAAUUGGUAAAACAAAUAAUGAGAAGUUCUGUAAAUUGUGCGUGAAUUUCCACCGGUUUUACGAUGGACUCAAAGAAGGAUAUCUAUAACUUAUGGGUGCAAUAUACUACAAAGAACGAAGAAGUUUACUUCAGACAGUUUGUGCAAGGAUUCGUUAGCAUUUGGCAAAACCAACUUUUACUUGAUUUCGAUAAUGUCCCCAACUGGUCAACAAUUUCUCCGGAUUCAGGGCCACACCUGAAUCGCUUGCCGGAUGAAUUACUGCCUGCCAUUGAAAAAUUCCUGAUUAUAGCAAGGGAUAGGUUUGAAAAGGUGUUCACUAAUGGAUCGAAUGAUGAGCAAGAGACUGUAACAUUAAUGGAAAUACAAUUGCUUGUUCAAUGCCUGACAAUAAUUUGCCGGCACUUUGAUAACAUUAGCACCAUCAUAAAAUCCAGUUAUAUUUCAAGUUGUGUAGCAAUAUCAAAUUCAAUUAUAAAUAAGCUAAGCUCUCAAGCCGAUGUGAAUACCGCUCAGCUUCAGUUUAUAAAAAGUUUUAGUAACUUUCUUGAGGCAUUAUACGACCCAUUCUUUACUUGGAGAAACUUUUUGCGUGGUGAGAUAGCAGAUUACACGAAACUCAAUUGCAAGGUUUCUCCUUUACAUGCGGAAAUUGUGCCAUUUCUCUACGAUUGCUUCCAGUUAAAAAACGCCUAUUGUUAUCCAGAGAUAGGAAAGAAUUUGUUUCAUGUAUUAGGUGCUGUGAUUUCGGGAUCGCAGGUUGCUUUAGCACCCGUAGUCAUCCAAAACAUUAACUGCUAUUAUCUAAAUAAUUCAGCCGGUGAAGGAAUAGAAGAUGCGCACAAUGGGUUACGUGCCAUAAGUCCUGCAACAGUUACUAUAAUAAUGGACAUCAUUUCCAAGUGGGAAAGUGAUGCUAGUCUACGCCUAAUCGUACUUCAAUGUUUCACAAUGAUGGCAAUUAUAUUACAAAAGUCUAGUCCAGAGCAGCGCCAAAUAGAUCUAUUGACCAUCUUUCAGCUGUUCGUAGGAGCCAUUCAAACAUUGCUACGGACAGAGCAUUUUUUACAAAAAUCGUCACCAGCGGAAAGCUUUAAUCUAACGCAUAGCGGUAAUAACUAUAUUGAUGUAAAUGCUUUAACUGCAAUCAUUGGAACUAUCGAACAUUUUGUGCCAGAGUACGUUAACAAGCACAUUCUUUGCAAUGCUAUGUUCGAGGCAAAAUUUUUGCCUACAUUAGUUCAAAUUCCAGAUCAUGUUAAGUCCUGGAAUAUUGACCAACAGCUUCUAGGCUCUACCCUGGUGAGAAGUUUUCACAAAUUGUGCAGCAGCUCUGAUAAAAUGCACUACAAUUUGAUGCACACUAACAAUAUCAACAUUCUGUUUGAUGGUUUGAAGCAGUUUGGUCGGCCUUCUCACGAUUUGGUCUGCGAUUGUCUUUAUUUCGCUUUCGACGGUGGAGACAAUCGUAAUUUAAAUGCUCGGAUUGUUAGUAAACUAAUCGAGUGGAUACCUGACAUGAGUGAACCAGAACAAAACUACACGAGUGAUGUGUUGUUGAAAAAAUGUACUGCUAAUUUACAAAGCAAACAUGCUAUUUGCGACCAACGCACAAUUAAACGAAUCAUAGUGAGCUGCUUGGAAGAUCAGAGCAGACUUUCCGCUAAAUGUUCCGUGAAUUUGUUAAAAUUGAUAGAGGAACUGGCUAAACACAGCAUAUAUCCGUCAGAGUUAAAGAGUAUCUUCCGAUUGCUGAGAAUCGAAAAGAAUUUUGAAUAUAGAAAGCAUUUAAUAGAGGUUAUUCUGCGCACUUCUCAAUACCGGCUAUCGUUGGGAACUACCCCAGAGGAAUAUCUUGACAUACAGAACAAUACAAACGGUAUUACCAUUCCGGAAAUUCGAAAAUGGGACACGGCUCACGGGUUUGUGUUCCAUGCUUGGAUACGCUUGGAUAAAGAUAUUGAACAUUUUAAUGACGACGUAAAUGUAAAUUUACAAAAUUACCGUCGACAUUUAUUCAGUCUGACGACCAAUUACGGAACCGGAUAUGAGUUCUUUGUGCAAAAAAAUGGUAAUUUUGUGGUCAGUGUUAUAACCAGGAAGGAAUUUUUCACGGCAACUGUACAGGCAACGCAUUUACUAGACGGUCGUUGGCAUUCGAUUACAGUUAGCGUAACCCCUCCCAAGAGAUUGUUUUCGUAUCAUCAGAUUAAUGUGUAUAUAGAUACAGUACAAAAGCUAGGAUCAACUAUGAAGUAUCCUGCAUUCGCUGAACUAUUUCAUUACUGUGCGAUUGGUGCACCGUAUAACAACGUUCGCAAAUCAGCGCACACGUCACACCAAUCGAAUGCUGCACGAAUGAACGCAUCUCCGCAGAGUUCUUCGCCACCUGUAGAGAAAGAUGAAAAACCAAAGGGCGGACUUUUUCCCAACUUGAUCGAGCGUUCGUUCUUCCCUGGACUAGUUUCGCAAGUGCCAAGCUAUUUCACUCUUCCUGCUCGACAAUCACAUUCAUCAUUAGAUCCCAGUGUUAAAUCAUACCCGAUUGGCAUGCAAGACCUGGUGUUUGGUGAAGCAAUUUGUUUGAAGGGACAACUGGGAAGUGUACUAUUAGCAGAUACAAAUGUAAAUUUGAAAAAUUUAUUUGAAGUUGGUCCCAGUAUUGCGAGUGUUCUGGCCAACGAUAUGAUAGAGUCGUUCGACAUGGCAUCAAAGUUCGUGUUUUGCUUUUCACCGCGGGCAUGUUAUGAUGGGUUGUGCUUAGAUCUUGCGCCUGGAAAUCAGUACAACGGGCAUGUGGUUGCCGACACAGCCAGUAUAUUAUCGGUCCAGCAUGCAAUCAAUGGAGUAGGAGGUAUGAUGUCAUUGUUACCUAUUUUGGACUCUAUUACCCAUAUACCGGCUUCGGACGUUCUUACGUCGGAUGAGCUAAUACCCCUUACACCAGUAGCGUCUCCAAUCCGCGAGGAAUAUUUCGGAGAUUGGGAAAUGCUACAAACUAACUCUCUAACGGAGUCAAAAAUCAUACAAAACCCAAUUGCAUGCUUCAUAUGUUUAAUAAGAAAUUUUAUCCACGGGAACGAUCUGAACAAAGAAAACAUUCUUAAAAAUGAAGCAAUUGCUAUCAUUAGCCAAUUGUUACAAAACUGCAAUGAGAACUUAUUCGAUGUGAACGUUCUGAUGGCCGUACAGCUCUUAGUCGAAGCAGUUCAAAACGAAAUGCCUUCUGCAAACAUGGAACUGUUGCAUGUUUUGUACAAAGAUUUAGUGUUUAAUUUUCGCAUAUGGAUAAGAGCGCAGUUUCAAAUCGUCAUCGGACAUGUUCAGUAUAUCAGUACAAUUAUAAAAGACGACAGAAAGUACUUUCGGAAACAUUUUGGAACUCAGUUCGUAUUGGAUGUCAUAUUGGAGUUUUUUAGCUCCACUUGUACCCUGCCUUCACAGGACGCAAAGAUGGUGCGCGAUUCACUACUUCGAAUUCUUCGGUACUACUACCAAAAGGAGGUUAAUAUAAAAGAGAUUUCUGCUCUGCUCACGUUCAUAACUGCAGUUAAGGUGGAAGCAGUCGUAGUGGAAAUUCUUGAAAUGUUAACAUCGCUUAUUGAAAGCAAACACGCAAAGGACCAGAUCUUUCUGUUGAUGUACGAACCUCAUAUGGCCGAAGCACUGUAUACUCUAUUCAUGGAUCGUAACUUUGGUCUCAACGUUCAUUCUCGAUUAUUGAAAUUCAUCGGAAGCAUGUUGAACACGAAGCGUAUUUCCAGCAAACACAAAGCAGCUCUUCGUUUGUAUGAUGGCACAAUCGAAUGCAGUAGUCUAUUCCCUGGGUUGUUUUCAUUCAUGAUCCCAUUUGAUUUGCAGCCUGAAGUUAUAUUGGCUUUCCUGGAUUUAAAUCUUUGCUUGGAUACUGAUAUGGGUUACGCAGGAGCGCUUUGCUUGAUUUACCAUGCCAAUCUGGCGAAUUUGUCACUGAAACUAGAAAUCGCAAAACGUUUAAUGACGCAUACUUUUACAAAAUCCAAAUCACCACAGCUGAUCGCAAAGCAAGUGGGUUGGCAAGAAUCAAUAGCGCGGUUGCUCAUAAAGAAACCUGUAGAAAAUCGAUCCUUAUCGGAUAAAGAAAAGGAAAAAGGACAAAUAUUGACCAAUAUCGAGGAGUUUGUGGAACAAGAAAGUGAAUCCUCAGUUGGCGGAGGAGCAAAUGAUUUAAUUAUCUUUGACGACGAAACAAUGGAGUUAAAGGAGGCAGAAAUUCCCAAACAACAAAAUUCUUUUAUGACGGAAGCGGCAACCGUAAUCGAACAUGAGAUCAAAGAAUUAGCUGACACGGUGCAGGAAGCAGUGAAAGAUAAUAUCACAUCUUCCAUAACGUCAGUGUAUUCCGUAAUUCGUCAGAAAACAUCGGAUAUUCAAGAUACAUUGGAAUCCUUGACACUAAGCUUUGAGGAAGCAUCUGGACGAAAGAAAAGUUCACUUUCCAUAUCGAGCAGCAGCGAAGAAAAUAUUUCGCUUGAUGAAUCAUUAGCUGUGUCAUCCGUGAGGGAUGACACACAUUCAACGCGAAGUAUAGACGAUUUGGAUGGUGGGGUUACCGGUAUAGAUGACCCUAGCUUAAAGUAUACGGAUGAUGGUGAUGAAGAAAAUCUAGUGUAUCUGGUUUCAAAUAUUUUGUUUACGAUUCUUUGGCGUGGCGUUGAAAAUUCUGGAGACUCUUGGAAAGAAAGAGGCCAAGUGAUGGCCUGCAUAAAUCUGAUAGCAUUGAACAAUGAAUUAUACUGUUCACAUUUAAGUUUGAGGUUGCGUAUUUUAGAAAUGGGUGUCCAGGCAGCUUUGAUUGAUUUGAGUGAAAAUGCGCAGCUAGCGGUAACACACCAACAAAAUGCUGCCCAACUGUUACGGCUGGCGUACGACUUGGUGGUACUUGAUCCAAAUGAAGAUGAUACAAAAAAGUGUUCGACAAAGUUACUAGACGGAGUGCUAUCUUUACUCGAUAUCUUGAUGGUGUUUCAGCAGAGUAGUUCAGAUGACUGGUCAGAAAUGUCUCACUUAUGUUUGGGUUUACUGUUAAAAUGUUCUAGUAAUCCCAAUUCGGGUAUUGUUGCCAUGGCCACUGCCAAGCUGCAUGCACUGUUACAAAAUCGUGUGAAUCAGGAUCCCGCGGAAAUUGGAUUCCUUUUGUAUAGUUUAAACCAAGCAAUUAGUAGUGCGGUAGAUGUUGGUAAUUCGGAACAGUAUUCUUUUCUGAUACCUGUGUUGAAAGCAUUGUUAGAGAAAUCGCGUCUAGCAAUUGGAUUGGCUGCUGGUGCUCCGGAUUUACCGUCAACAUCGUCCGGGCCAGUCUUCUUUCAAGACUUUCAGAUGUACUGUACCAGCAAACAGUGGAGUGGCUUUAUUGAGAAAAAGAUUAAGCCCUUGUAUGUUGCCUACCAGAAGGACCUAUCCAAUACGCUCUGGGAGCCACUGAACACAUUUUGGGCCGAGUGCUAUGAGUCGUGCAAAUUUUCGUCUCAGCGUCGUGCAAAGCUGCAGAUGGAAAGCCGUCGGAAGUUUCAGGAGAAAAUAUUGAUCCCUUGUCGGAUAAGGCAAUCGGAGGAACUUGCACGAGUUAAUGUGCAGCAGACACAGCGGAAGGCUAGAGAUGCACUCGUCGAUCGGCGGUGGAACAUACUGAAGCGUUUUCUUUACGGAUCAAAAGGAGCGUGGACCAAACUCUCCGAAGAUGAAGAGUUUUGGCGCCUUUCACAUCAUGAAAAUAUUGCUCGCAUGCGACUGAAGCUAGAGCCUGACCUAAAUCAUGAUCCUCAUCUGGCGGCUUCCAAUAUGCGGGAUAACACAACGACUGCAUCUCAAAGCCGCCGACUGUCAACUGAGUUUGGAUCGACAAUCGCUCCGGCAGCGCUUGGUGGUGAAAAUAUCGAUGAGGAUAUCUUUCAGUUGGAAGAAGAAAUGCGUAACAGUUUGGAACCUCAAGUGCCCGAAACAUCUGGCAAAGAAAAAAUCGUCAUUUCUCAGGAAUGUGAACUAAUUACACUGAUGACAAGAGUGAAAGGAAGGCUUGAUUUGACGACAAAUCAAAUUGUUUUCUCCGAGAUCGGUGCCAUUCGAGAUGAUGGGCACAAGCACGACUUCAAAUUUUCCAUUACUCAGCUUAGAGAAUUGCACCUAAGAAAAUUUAAUUUACGCCGUAGUGCUUUGGAAAUGUUUCUUGUUGAUCAAACAAGUUAUUUUUUGAAUUUUACUACUAAAACUAGGAACAAAAUUUUCACGAAAAUUCUCAGCUUGCAACCUCCGAAUAUAUUGUACGGAUCUGGACGAUCACCUGCAGAAUUACUACGUUCAUCCGGACUGACUCAAAAAUGGGUAAAUCGAGAAGUGUCCAAUUUUGAGUAUUUGAUGCACCUCAAUACUAUUGCUGGGAGAUCAUAUAACGACCUCAGCCAGUAUCCGGUAUUUCCAUGGAUAUUGGCGGAUUAUACUAGUGACAUUUUAGACCUCAAUGAUCCGAAAUCUUUCAGGGACCUCAGUAAACCGAUAGGUGUAGUUAAUCCAAAGAAUGAAGCAGAGGUACGCAGUAAAUAUGAAAGUUUCGAAGAUCCUUCAGGAAUGAUACCAAAGUUUCACUUUGGCACGCACUAUUCGAACUCUGCGGGUGUUUUGCACUAUCUCAUCAGGGUAGAGCCAUUCACUUCAUUACACAUUGAACUACAAAGCGGCCGUUUCGAUGUAGCGGACAGACAGUUCCAUUCCAUCCCACAAACGUGGAAGCUAUUGAUGGAUAAUCCAAACGAUGUAAAGGAACUUAUUCCGGAGUUUUUCUAUUUUCCCGAGUUCUUGAAAAAUUUAAAUAAAUUUGAUCUAGGAGUAUUACAAACAACUAAAGAGCGAGUAGACGAUGUUGUGCUUCCAACUUGGGCCAAAUCAGCCGAAGAUUUUAUUGCAAUCCAUAGACGAGCCUUAGAGUCGGAUUACGUUUCACAAAACCUGCAUCAUUGGAUUGAUCUAAUAUUUGGCUAUAAACAAAAAGGACCGAAGGCUGUGGAAGCUCUUAAUGUGUUCUAUUACUGUUCAUACGAGGGAGCUGUAGAUCUUGAUAAGAUUACUAACUCGGUCGAGCGUGAAGCCGUGGAAGGCAUGAUUAACAAUUUUGGUCAAACGCCUUCCCAACUUUUGAGAGAGCCCCAUCCAAAACGUUUGUCACAAGAAGAGUUGACAUUGAAAUUACUAAAACUAGAGCUGAGAAAACCUGAUCUGAUGUUGAUUCUCGAUCGUGUCAACUGUAUCAACUGUGAGUUAUCGACAGAUAAAGACCCAGUAGUGUACCUGAGUACCCCGCGUAGUCCUCCCCGAUCAUUUCUGCAAACCAGUCCGGACAUGCUGAUAUCGAUUACUAAAAGUGGAAUUCUUGGCUGUCACAGCUGGAUGUCUUUCGAUAAAGAGAAAGGAUUUCUUCUAGAAAUUGAUGCCACUACCUCCAACCUUAAGAACCGUAAGAAACUAGUCGGCCCAUUCCAUCCCUCAAUAAAUUUGAAUUCAAAUCUGUUUGCUGUCAGUAUCGAUGGAAAAUAUUUGUAUGCUGGCGGCAUAUGGGACAAUUCAGUUCGUAUAUUUAACAUGACUAGGGGAAAGGUAGUGGCCUCCGCUAUCCAUCAUUUUGAUGUGGUAACAUGCGUGGCGCUCGACAGCUGUGGUUCGUACAUGGUGACUGGUUCAAAAGACGGUACCUGUGUAAUCUGGUUAAUCAGCAAUUGUAAUACGGUCGGUCCAACCACUGCAUCCAAUCUGCAACCGAAUACAGCUGCACUGAAUCAGAAUCUAGCGGGAAAUGUUGUCGGUAGCGCCAAUGUGGUGCAUCUUACUAACAAUCUCACACCUAAACCGGUGCAUACAUUGCACGGGCACGAUAAUGCGGUUUCGUGCGUGUCAAUCAUGACCGAGCUGGAUCUAGUCGUUUCCGGAUCGCUGGAUGGUACUGUAAAUGUGCAUACAAUAAAGGAAGGUCAAUUUAUUAGGACAAUUACUCCUGUUGGGUGCACAGGGGCUAAUAUAGAAAUCUCUUUCAUCACGCUUUCCUACCAAGGUCACAUUGCAUUCUCGGCGCUGGAUGACACUUCCCAUUCAGUCCAUGUGUUCAGUAUUAAUGGUGCUAACCUAGGUUCAAAAUACGUUUCCGGUCGAGUUACAGGUUUGACGACGGCAGCCGAUAACCUCGUUGUAUCUGACGAUGCUGGAGAUCUGACAAUGAGUCGUCUGUAUGGACUGAAACCCAUAUUUGACAUUCCUCUGCAUGUCCCGACCCAAACAAUUGUUACAACCGGCGGCAACACACAUAUCCUCGCGCCGCUACGUGAUGGAAACCUGGCUGUGGUUGGUAUCAUGCAACCAAUUGCGUACAAGAAGCAUACAGUACUGAAUGUGUAAUGCAACUCUGUUGAGUUACACAAUAAAAACGUCAAUUGUAGUAUUAUUCAUUUUACUGUUUAACUGUGGAUUUCGAAUGAAAAUUUUAUUUUUUUGAUACUAAAAUGAAGCUUAAUUAUCGACAAACAUUAAUCGUUAUCGUAGCAUACCGUUCAAAAUGUAUGAUUUGUGAAGUUGUUAACCUCAUUAAUGUACUUUAAAAUGCAUUGAUUAUUUAUUAAACUUGCUUCCAGUAUAACGAUAGUGCGCAUCAAAAAUUUUGAAGCAUUGAAAAAUAAAGUGUAGGCAGUCAAACUUAAGCAGAAAGUUUAUGUCGUAAAAUAGAUGUUUUUAGAAGAAUUGUUAUUUGUAAUAUAUGUUGUUAAUAUAUGGACAUGUAAACAAGAAAAAAUUGAACAC